AUGAGUGUGCAGCCCAUGUGUGUGCGGCCCAUGAGUGUGCGGCCCAUGAGUGUGCGGCCCAUGAGUGUGCGGUCCAUGAGUGUGCGGCUCAUGUGUGUGCGGCCCAUGUGUGUGCGGCCCAUGAGUGUGCGGCUCAUGUGUGUGCGGCCCAUGUGUGUGCGGCCCAUGAGUGUGCGGCCCCUGUGUGUGCGGCCCAUUAGUGUGCGGCCCAUUGUGCGGCCCAUGAGUGUGCGGCCCAUGAGUGUGCUGCCCAUGUGUGUGCGGCCCAUGAGUGUGCGGCCCAUGAGUGUGCGGCCCAUGAGUGUGCGGCCCAUGAGUGUGCUGCCCAUGUGUGUGCGGCCCAUGAGUGUGCGGCCCAUGAGUGUGCGGCCCCUGUGUGUGUGGCCCAUGAGUGUGCGGCCCCUGUGUGUGUGGCCCAUGUGUGCUGUGCCUAACUCAGAGUGUCCCAGAGCAUUUGUUGCAGCGUCCAUGAUUAAUGAUGGUUGA